AUGACGAUGUGUUGUUUCAAACAUUUAUGGUCGCUAAUAUCUUUCGCAACUAUAAUUGUUGUUGAACAGUGUAGAAGUCUAGCGCUCUGUCCAACAGCAACAUGGCAAAGAAACGCCAAAACAGUUGCCGGGUCCAUUGUGGCUAUAUCAGGUUCUAGUUCAUCAGCCCUCAAUAAUCCAUGUGCCGUAAACGUUGAUAAUAGAUCGAAUAUGUAUGUACUCGACAGUGGUAACUAUCGAGUGCAGCGUUUUCUUUUGAAUUCAACUAUUGGAACAACAAUUAUCAACAGUAGUUUUGGCACUGCACUUGAUCAGUUCAAUACUCUGGAUGACAUGAGAAUCGACAACAAUGGCAGUAUCUAUAUACUCGAUGGUGGAAAUGGUCGUGUUACAAAAUGGACACAAGGAGCUUCAGCUGGUGUGGUAGUCGCAGGAGGAAACGGCGUUGGUAGUGAUGUUAAUCAGCUCAUUCAGGCCGGAGGGAUGUUCUUGGAUACGAUCACAUCAGCCAUCUGGAUUGCCGACACUGGUAAUCAUCGUAUAGUGAAGUGGACCUCGUCAAUAAGUAGCAUCGUUGUUUGUGGUAGUAUUGGAGACGAGGACACUCAAUUCUACUACCCGUAUGGUUUAUUUGUUGUUACAAGCGAUUCAGAUACGCUUUAUGUGGCAGAUACGUAUAAUCAUCGCAUUCAGAGAUGGGUAGCUGGAGCUACUCGUGGUACGACUGUAGCUGGAAUAACAAGUUAUUAUGGUAAUAGUUUCAAUCAAUUGUGGUAUCCAACAUCAAUCAUAGUGGAUAAUAAUCAAAAUAUGUUCAUUACUGAUUCAGAAAACAAUCGUGUUCUACGAUGGAGUGCUGAAGCAAGUUCGGGAAUGAUUGUUGCAGGUGAUUCAAAUCAUGGAACAGCAUUGAAUUUACUUAAUAAACCAUUGAGUAUAAAUUUCGAUUCAACUGGUUCUUUAUUUGUUGCCGAUUCGGGAAACAAUCGAGUUCAACAGUUUGUCGUUUCUUGUCCACCACCAAUUAAUAUUUCAACAACAGUUUCUCCGACGGCAAUAUCUGUGACCCCAACGAAUAUUAGUUCCUCUAUGUCUCCUUGGUCGCUAAAUGGAACAACCGUUGCUGGUUCUCCUAUAGGUUGGGGUGGAAGCUCAUCGUUGUAUCUUAAUCGACCUUCGGAUAUUGCUAUAGAUAAAAACGGCACUAUAUAUGUGUUAGAUUCGAAUAACUACCGUGUGCAACGUUUUCUUUCUGAUUCAGCAAUCGGUACAACGGUAAUUAGUAGCAGUUAUGGUGCAGGAGUGCAUCAAUUUGUUGGGAUGGAUGGUAUCAGCAUAGAUUCCAAUGGUGCUAUUUAUAUAGUUGACCAUGGUAAUAAUCGUGUCACAAAAUGGCCGCCUGGUGCAACUAACGGAACGGUCGUCGCCGGAGGGUAUGGAAGCGGAAGUAACGUAAAUCAGUUAAGUUAUCCUUAUGCAGUGUUUGUAUCGUACAAUUCAUCAAGUAUUUGGAUAGCUGAUACUGGCAAUCAUCGCAUUGUACGAUGGGAUUUUGCAAUAACGGGUAGUGUUAUUUGUGGAGGUUAUGGAUCGGGUGCAAAUCAAUUGCUUUAUCCAUACGGAGUAUUUGUUGAUGCACGUGCUUCUAAUACAUUGUAUAUCGCUGAUACACAUAACCAUCGCAUUCAAAAAUGGCUUCCAAGUGCAACUAGUGGAAUAACCGUUGCAGGACAAACGAGUAUCUGUGGCAAUGGAUACAAUCAACUGUGUUAUCCAGUAUCAGUUGUUGGAGAUUCGAAUGGUUACAUUUACAUUACCGAUUCUUUCAAUAGUCGGAUUAUGAGAUGGAUGCUAGGAUCAAGUUAUGGUACUGUUGCUACUGGAAGUUCAACGGUUGGCGUAUUGCCAAAUCAACUCAAUUAUCCUAACUAUGUUGGAUUGGAUGCAACUGGAGCUUUGAUUGUUGUCGAUACUUACAACAACCGUAUUCAGAAGUUUUCUGUUGUCUGCGCGCCAUGUAUGAACGCUGAAACAUCAACAUCGGCUGCAUCCUCAACUACAGGUUAA